AUGGGAGAUAUCGCUAAGAGAUGGAAAGAAUUGAGCGGCAAUAGCAAAUGGAAAGACAUGCUUGAUCCUCUUGACUUGGAUCUACGCCGUUACAUCCUCCACUAUGGCGACAUGGUUGAGGUUGGGUACGUUACCUUCAAUAGUGGCCUACGGUCCAAACAUGUAGGAGAUAGCUGCUACACUAAGGAAGAGCUCUUUGCUCGCACCGGCUACCUCAAAGCCAAUCCUUUCAGGUACGAGGUGACAAAGUAUUUAUAUGGAACAUCGUCAAUAAGGUUACCAGAAUGUUUCAUGAUCAACCCGUUGUCAAGAGAAGCAUGGAACAAAGAGUCUAACUGGUUAGGUUACAUUGCGGUGGCUACAGACGAAAGCAAGGAAUUGUUAGGGAGAAGAGAUAUUGUUGUAGCAUGGCGUGGGACUAUUCAAUUGUACGAGUGGGCUAAUGAUUUUGAUUUCCCACUUGAAUCAGCUCUCUCGAUUUUUCCUCGAGCUGACCCGAGUGACCCACCUCGCAUUGCCAGUGGGUGGCUUUCUCUUUAUACAACCGCUGAUCCACGCUCACGUUUUGACAAGACCAGUGCACAAGAACAGGUUCAAGGAGAGCUCAAAAGGUUACUAGAAUUGUACAAACACGAAGAAGUUAGCAUCACCAUAACAGGGCAUAGCUUGGGAGCAGUUCUCUCGGUUCUGUCAGCAACAGACUUUCUCCAUAACGAAUGGCCAAAGAUCACAACAAGUCUUGAACAAGACAGGCUUUCUUGUGUCACGGUUUUCGCUUUCGGUAGUCCACGCAUUGGUGACCGCAACUUCAAAACACUCGUCGAGUCUCACAAAAAACUCAACAUCUUGAGAAUAGCAAAUGUCCCUGAUCUCAUCCCGCAUUACCCGCUGUUCAGGUUCACAGAUGUUGGGGAGGAGCUCCAUAUCAACACAUUGAAAGAAGAGUACCUGAAACGGUCUAUUAAACUGCCCCAUUUCCAUAACCUGAAGGCAUACUUGCAAGGCGUGGCGGGGACACAAUACAAUCGAGCGGGACUCAAGGUGGAGGUUAACCGGGAUAUCGAGCUGGUUAAUAACGGUUUAGAUGCUUUUGAAGAUAAGUACUUAGUCCCUGGGGAUUUAUGGAUUCUUGAGAACAAAGGGAUGGUUAAAAGUGAUGACGGGACAUGGAUUCUCAAUGGCGAUAUGGCAAAUGAAGACGGAAAAGAAGAAGACGAAUGUGAAUUACCAUGGAUAUAGCUACAAAUGUAAUGUUACUUAUUCUCAAAACAGGAACAAUAAAAUCUGAGGCGCCAAAUCUUGGAUUUUU